UGGUGUGAUUCAUCAUUCUUGUUCGGUCACAAGUCUUAUUCUUGAUUUUUGGCUAUUUCUUUUGGCUUAUCAGGAUGUAUUCACAACUAGAUGAUGACGAGGGAGAUAUGUACAACCAAGGUGACUAUGAUGACAUACAAGACAUACAUGCUAUGCCUGUUUACAACAUCCCUGAGGAGAUCAAAAGAUUUAUUCAGUUCUUUCAUCAGCACAUUAUCGAGCAGAAUCUGCAUGAACUUCAGUUAAUAUAUGAAACUGGAUUUAACAAGUUAACAGAGCGUUAUUUUAACAAGUCACCCUGGCCAGAAGCUGAAUGCAUCGCUGCACUUGUUGAUGAUGAUCAAGUGUUCCUUAUUCUGUACAAGGAGCUUUACUACAGACACAUUUACAACAAGCUCAAGCCAACUCUAGAGCAAAGAUUUGAAUCAUAUUUCAACUACUGUGAUCUGUUUAACUAUAUUUUGAAUACUAAUGAACCAGUCCCACUAACUCUGCCUAACCAGUGGCUGUGGGAUAUCAUUGAUGAGUUUAUCUAUCAGUUCCAAUCUUUUAGUCAGUUUCGUUCAAAACUGCAAAAGAAACCAGAUGAAGAGGUUGGGACUUUAAAAGCAAACACAAAGAUCUGGAAUGUCCAUAGUGUUUUGAAUGUCUUGUAUUCGCUGGUUGGCAAGUCUCAAAUCAAUGAACAGCUUCAUGUGUACAAUUCUGGUGGUGACCCAGACGCUGUUGCUGGUGAAUUUGGAAUCCACUCUCUGUACAAAAUGUUGGGUUACUUCAGUCUCAUUGGCCUYCUUAGACUUCACUCUCUUUUGGGUGACUAUUUCCAGGCCAUCAAAGUGCUGUCAAAUGUAGAACUGAAUAAGAAGAGUCUGUAUUCCCGAAUUCCUGCUUGUCAAAUUACUACAUACUACUAUGUUGGGUUUGCUUAUCUCAUGAUGAAACGCUAUCAGGAUGCAAUCCGCACCUUUUCUAACAUUCUGCUGUACAUCCAGAGAACCAAACAGAUGUUCCAGACAAAGUCUUACCAGUAUGAACAGAGACUGGAUGAAAAUGUUAGUGCUCAACUACGUGAAAAAUGUGGUGAGAAACUGCAGAAACURCAGAAAGGUGAUUUACAGAUGUUCGAAGAAUGCUUCUCUUAUGCUUGUCCCAAGUUUGUGUCACCAGUUCCUCCUAACUUUGAUGCACCAGCCAACUACAAUAGGGAACCUUUUAACCUACAACUGAAAGUAUUCUUGAAUGAGGUUUCUCAGCAGUCCAAGAUUCCAGUUGUGAGAAGCUACCUCAAGCUGUAUACUACCUUGCCUAUCUCUAAACUAGCUGCCUUUCUUGACAUGGACGAGGAUGCAUUUCGUAGCCAACUUUUAUGCUAUAAGCAUAAGCARAGAAAUCUAGUGUGGACCUCAGGUAAAGAUGCUCUUGAUGGGGAGUUGCAGUCCUCAUCAGAGGUGGAUUUCUAUAUCGACAAGGACAUGGUUCAUAUUGCAGAUACCAAAGUUGAACGCCGCUAUGGAGAGUUCUUUAUUAGACAGAUCCACAAGUGUGAAGAGCUCGUAAGAAAUCUACAAAGCAACUAGGAAAGACGCUGCCAAGUUGUACUAUGACUAACAAACUGUUACUCAGAGUUUUCAAAGCCAUUAAUGUAAAAGAACAUUUUACCACAGGGAGCCCAAUAUAAAAUKUUUCUAUGGUAUCUGAUGUUGAUCUUAUGUCAGAGUAUAUAUACAUAAGAUCAACAUCAGAUACCAUAAGGAAAUUAUAUAGGGAAACAAAGGCGCGUGCGAAAAAAAAAUGUUCUAGUGCAUUUAUUAUUGAUUUGUUUACUCUUUCGCAUUACAGAGGACAUUAUCUUGAUCUCAAAUUUUAAAAAAUAUUAAUU